CACAAUAUUAUCAUCUGAAGCAAGUUAUCCUUAAUCCAAAUCUGAAUCACAACCACCACGUGCAUGCACAACAGUGAUAUAUAUAUAUAUAUAGACAUAUUUUGUGUCAUGAAAUUCAUUCUGCGAACUGAUAUAUGAGAAGUUAUAGGAGUUGAAGGUGGAAGAAGAAGAAUGUUGGACUGUGGGGCAGUGGUUGUGUCUGUGGUGCUAUACAUUCUGCUAAUGCCAGGGUUGCUAUUUCAAGUACCUGGUCGUUCAAGGUGCGUGGAGUUUGGAAAUUUUCAGACCAGUGCUGCUUCCAUUCUCGUUCAUUCGCUUCUCUACUUUGGUCUCAUCUGCCUCUUCUUGCUCGCUGUUAAGGUCCACUUUUACAUCGGCUAGUUACAUGGAUUCAUUCAACUUCUUCUUCUUUCUUUUUCAUGCCUUUCUGUUCUACCCACUUCAACGUUUACGUGUCUUUUUCCUGAGUUCCAACCUUAAUUUCUACAUAUGUUUCUAGUUUCUUUUGUUUCAUAUUUGGUUACUUUUUCAGAAAGCAAUAUUAUUCACUUUCAUCUCUGAUACAUCUGCACAGGAUUUGAGUUACAGCUACUUAAAUGUUCUUAUCAUAUUGUCGAGAUGAAAUUCUAAUUUGAUAAGUAAAAUUUGACUCUAUGCUUGUUGAGCAUCAUGAUCUUCCUUUUGAUAUGGAUUUGAUU